GUUUACUUCUUCGCGGCUGACAGCAGCGAAUUUGAAUGUGACAAACCUUAAAAGCAUAAAAAAGUGUAAAAGAUGGAUUCCAACUCGGAUUCCUACAGUUUGAGUGUGCCCCAAAGUUUGCGGAGUGAAACUAAGGAUAAGUUUAACGCUUUAUUAAAGAAUGCAUUAAAAAAAGAGAAAAAAAAGAUUAAAUCUGACGAGGUGGAAAUGUAUGAACAAUACUCGACUACGGCAAGCAGCGAAAAUUUGCUGGACGAUCGCAGAGAAAUUGUUAAAGAUGAUUUUAUAUUGAAUAAGUUUUUAAACGAGCCAAAUAAUGAUUUUAAUUUUGUAAAACCCCCAGUGCCAAAACCAAGAAAAAAGAAAACCAUCAGGGAAAAUUCGGUUUCAAGUCAAGGCACUUUUAAUGUAAGUUCACCAAAAGUUUUAAAAACUGUUCAACAUAAAAGUGAAAGUCCUGAUUUACCCAGUAAUCAAACUUAUGUUAAAGAAACUCGACAAGUGGAAAAAGAAAUUGGUGAUGUUAUUCUACAUGAAAGUCCUUCAAAAAUUUCGAUUGUAUCAAAUAAGAGUCCCAUAAAUGUUGGUAAAAUAUCAAAAGUAAGCCCAAAUCACACCGACAAUUCCAUAUCUGAUGAAGUUAAAGAGCCAUCAGAAAUUAUGGAUAAUUUAGAAAAAACUCAAAUAACUGCAGUUGUGGAUAAAGAAAUUUUAAAAACUACAUCUGUAGACUACAAGUAUAUCACUGAAAUAGUUGUUCAUAAAACUGACAAAUUGCUUAUAAAAUCGUUUUUAAUUCACCCAGUGGUAAAAAUUCAUAUUGUUAAUAUUAAGACUGGUAAAUAUUACUCCAAAAGUAACAAGAGUAGAUCAGUCAUAUUUUAUUAUGAAAAUCAGGAGACAGAUUACAUUCAACCUAUUUUGACUCAUGCCUAUGAUCUUCAAGAAAAAAGAACUUUAUAUCCAUCCUGGGAAGAAAUAAUUACCAUUAAUGAAGAUUUUGAAUACUUGGCUAAUUCGGAUGUUAUUUAUUUUUUUGAAAUAUUGGAUUUUCUGGAAAUUUCUGAUAAACAAAAUCCCAUUUUCCGAAAAGCAUCUUUUAAAGGCUGGCACCGCAUUUGCUUUGCCUUUUUAAGGCCAAUUGGAAAAAAUAAUGCCAACAACUUAAACAAACAAUUAAGAUUACAACUGUAUCACAUAAAUAACAUUAAGGAAUCCACAGAAGGCUGUUAUUUAUGGAAACUAUGGAAUAUAAAGAAACUGAAAAAAUACCCUUCAACAAUUUAUAUAACAAUUAAGCAACUAAUAGCACCAGACAGGAUUAUAAAAGCAAUAAGAUCAAAAACUCCAUUGCAAGAAGAAAUAACAUCAGAAAAAAUGUUAAAUAAUGAUAAGAAAAAUUAUGAAAACGAAAAUAAUGUAGCAGGAGGCGAAAAAAUUAUGUCUGCCUUCUUAAAACCUAUGCUUAAAUUAAGUAAAGGGUUUCAAAUACCCAAUGAAUGUGUAGCUAAAUUGGAAGCUUUUAGCGAAGGUUGUUUCAUACACAAAUUUAGCAAUAAUGGCUUAUAUUUGGCUUGUGCUGUUAAGUUAAAUGAAAUGUUUACUAUUAUUAUUUAUUCUGUGGAUACACAUGAGGAAGUUAAGAAAUAUGCAUGCCAUCAAGGAUUAAUUUAUUCUGUUAAAUGGUCAAACAAGGAUUCAUUUAUUGUUACAUGUUCUGCAGAUAACACUGUUGCUGUUUGGGAUUUUAACAAUAAUACGUUUUUACAGAUUUUGCCUCAUCCAAGUUUUGUCUAUGCAAUUGAUGUAAGCAAUAGAAAUAUAGUCACAGGUUGCUUUGAUGGUUGCAUUAGAAUAUGGAGUUUUGAUGAAAAAAUAAGGAAGUACAAUUUAAGUCAAGAAUUAAUAAAACAUCAGAAUUUUGUAACUUCUCUUUGUUAUAACAAAGAAUACUUAAAUUUGUACUCUUCAGAUUCAUCAGGACUAAUUUUGAUAUGGGAAAGAAAAGAUGAUUGGGAGUUUAAAAUGUAUUUAAAAGUUCUGGAUCUUCAAGGGGUCAUUAUAAAUCAAAUAUUACUUUUUCCAAGAGAAACUAAAAUUUUAGUCAAUUCUAGAGAUAGUACUUUAAGAAUAGUUUGCUUAAAAAGUCAAGUGGUUCUGCAUUGGCUUCAGGGCUGUUUAAAUGAAAGGGUUCAAAUUUUUGCUUCCAUAUCAUCCUGCGGUGAUUUUGUAAUGUCGGGAAGCGAAAAUGGUCUCGUUUCAAUUUGGGACAGUAAAUCUGGAAAUUGCCUUAAAACCUACAGACCUUUUGAGGAAAAUUCAACAAGGCCCAUUCAUUGUGUUCAGUUCCAUCCUUUGAAAAAUUUAAUUUCUUUCUCUAGUCAGAUUUUAAAUUCACCAAUACUUAUUUAUGAGUUAAAAAACUCUGAAGCAGAUCAAUUAAAUAAAUUGGUGAAUAUAAAUGAAAUAAAGAAGCCUAAAAUUAAACCAAGAAAUUUAAAAAACGAAACAUGUGAGGAGAAAUUUGAUUUUCAUAAAAUAUUACAAAGCAUUGAUGAGAUGUUACAUUAAGAGAAAUAUACAUUUAAUGUAUUACAUUGUUAAUU